GCAGACGAUGAAGAUUGAUAAAAUUUCAAUUACUUUUAUCACGUUAUGGCUCGUCUCUGUCAUUUCUCUAAAGGACCCUGUUUGCGGUUCGAAACCUAAGGUCAAAAGAUGUAUAUCGCCUCCUAACACUUCUUUUAUAUUUUAUUUCUAUAAUCGUAUCACUAACUCGUGUCAAAUACUCAAAAAGCCUUGUGAAAAGUUAAUCAGAAAAUUCGCAACCAAGGCGAUAUGUCAGAAGACGUGCCAGAUGUAACUAUUCCGAUUUUUAAAUAAAAGUGGACUGAAGAAUAUA